CCGACUCCAUCCAUGGAUAACUUCAACACCUACCAGACGCCUCUUUCUAGCCGCUAUGCAAGCAAAGAGAUGGCACAUCUGUUCUCUCCAGCCAACCGAUUCUAUACCUGGCGCAAACUAUGGCUCAACCUUGCCAUCGCAGAGAGGGAACUAGGACUGCCUAUCCCAGAAGAGGCCAUCGAACAAAUGAAACACAACCUCGAACUCACCCCGGAACAGUUUGAUAUUGCCGCUCAAGAGGAAAAGAAACGCCGUCAUGAUGUUAUGGCACAUGUCUAUACUUUCGGCACCGUUGCACCUGCUGCUGCAGGGAUCAUCCAUCUCGGCGCGACUUCUUGCUAUGUCACAGAUAAUGCCGACUUAAUUUUCCUCCGGACCGGUCUAGACUAUCUUAUCCGCUCCCUUUCCGUGCUCAUCUCCCGAUUGGCUUCCUUUGCCGGACAAUACCGUGAAUUGCCUACGCUUGGGUUCACGCACUUCCAGCCGGCACAGCUCACCACCGUCGGUAAGCGCGCAACAUUAUGGAUCCAGGAACUCCUUUGGGAUCUCCGUAAUAUCAAACGGGCGCGCGACGAUAUUGGAUUCCGGGGUGUGAAGGGGACGACUGGGACUCAAGCUAGUUUCUUGGCCCUCUUCGACGGGAAUCAUGCAAAGGUUGAAGAACUCGACAAACUGGUCACCACUCUUUCGGGUUUCAAUUAUGCUUACCCGGUGACCUCCCAAACCUACUCACGCAAGAUUGAUGUCGAUGUUCUCUCGCCGCUUGCUUCCCUUGGGGCUAGUGCGCACAAGAUCGCGACUGAUCUACGUUUACUUGCGAACUUGAAGGUAUCUUUUCCUGUAACCUUUGAAUCUACUCAAAUUGGAUCCUCUGCUAUGGCGUACAAGCGAAACCCGAUGCGCUCUGAGCGCGUCUGCAGCCUGUCUCGGCAUCUCAUGGUCCUCCACCAGAAUGCAUUGAUGACUUCCAGUGUUCAAUGGUUCGAACGCACUCUCGAUGAUAGCGCCAAUCGUCGCAUCACUCUCCCGGAAGCGUUCCUCACUGCUGACAUCGUCAUCUCUACCCUUCAAAAUAUAUCUGAGGGUCUCGUCGUUUACCCUAAAGUCAUUGCCAGACGCAUUUCCCAAGAACUCCCCUUCAUGGCCACUGAAAACGUCAUCAUGGCCAUCGUUAAGAAAGGUGGUGAUCGACAGGAAGCGCAUGAGAAAAUCCGAGUUCUCUCCCAUGAAGCGGCCCACCAAGUCAAGCAACUAGGCCUGGAGAACGAUUUGAUUGCGCGGAUUCAGGCCGACCCAUACUUCGACCCUAUUAAGGGCGACCUGGAGACUCUCAUGGACCCUAAGAGCUUCAUCGGACGCGCCCCCGAGCAGGUCGAUAGAUUCUUGAAGGAAUGGGUUGAGCCUGCACUAGCAGAUGCAGAUCUACAGGAGGCCAUCCGUAAAUCUGUAAAGGUCGAAUUGAGUGUCUAGUGGGUUUGAAAGACUGUUGAGGUUGCAUGUAACUUUGAUAAACAAAGAAAAAAGGGUCAACGUUAACAGAUGUAUAUUAGUAAAACUCUUAUGAAUGUUAGUUACUUUUGAGCACUA